CAGUCCCUGUGUGCAGCCCACCACAGAGUCUGACUUGUACUCCAUCUCCCCGGGGGAAGUAGCUACAGAGGCCAGCAGAACUUUCUCACACAAGAUACGUGCCUUUUCUCUUUUUUAUUUUGCGACAGGGUCUCCCUUGUGUAGCCUGGUCUGGAAGUCACUGUCCUCCUGACUCUGCUUCCAGAAACUGGUAUCGCUGGUGCGAACUGUCAUGCUAACUUGAAAUUUGUGUCAGCUUCCCGUCAUUUACUGAUCUUUUCUGAUUUGUUUGUUUGUUUGUUUUGUUUUUGAUGAUUGCAAGGAUAUUACUUUUGUAUUUGGGGGGGUCACAGUCCGUACCCCUGCUCAGGGCACUAAGCUUUUUGCACAGUCUCUCAACUUUUGUGUGUCUUUGCACAUUGCCAAUGGGAGUGGAUUGCUUUGAGCAUGUCCUUGCUUUGGGGCACUGUGGGGUUUCCCAUGCUUCUCAAGAACCCUGUUUGAAUCAGCCGCUUACCCUGUGCAUGCGGGUUCCUUCAACUGGAACACGUUAUUGGACUAAGGAUCUUGGCACGGCAUGCAUUUUAAUGCAGAGUGCAUUCAUUCUGUGUCCUCUCAGCUGACGUGCACGGAAGGGUGCACACACACGUACUAAAUAGUGUGCGUGCCAGCACAGGCCUACCAAUGUUUUCCUCUGCUGCUGUAGGACGCUGAGCAUGAGUCCCUACUUAAACCUCCAGUGCUGUUCUAUUAUCCCAGGAUUUCUAGGGCCUUUGCCCCUAAGCCUCCUACCCACAGGGGUGCUUUGAAGACAGUGCAGAUAAACAAGUGAUGGCUGAGAAGGAUUAGCAGUGUCUUAAGUAGCCACAUGCUCACAGGCAGAGGCCACAGGGGACCGUGGGGUAUCCCGAUCUGCCAUUCCCUACCCCAUUCCCUUGAGUCAGGGUCUCUCACUGAACCCAGAGUUCCCCAUUUUAUGACCAAGUUUGUUACCAGGGAAGUGGAGGUUUCCUUUUGGGGUUUCUUAGUCUCAUUAAUAAGCUAAUUUAAUAAUGGAGUCAAGAGAAAGCAAAGGCCAAUGUCAUUAGAAUUUAAGAGAAGAUUCUGAGAAGAGGCUCAGAGAAAGACAUGUUAUUUAUGUUAGCAUGGAAAAGAAACAGCUUAUUAAGAAAAAGAAAACCAUGCCAGGCGGUGGUGGCGCACACCUUUAAUCCCAGCUUUGGGGGUGCAGAGGUGGGUGGAUCUCUGAGUUCCAGACCAGCCUGGUCUGGAGAACUAGUUCCAGAACAGCCAGGACUAUACAGAGAAACUGUCUAGAAACAAAACAAAACAAAACAAAGUGAAAGAAAAAAGCACCCCUAAAAGUGGGGUUUCCUGGUAAGCUAAGAAAAGUACUUCCAAAGUAUCCUGGUGGCAAUACAUUGUCUUUUGUACCCCUCCCUCACCCAUACACAGUAGGUCAUAGCUUUUUGGACCAUGCAUGCUCUGUUCCUCAGAUGAUGUCACUGGAAGGAAAGGCUUCUACCCUGAAAACUGGCUUCUUUCACAUGUUAGAAUUGAUGUAGCUGUUUUAGUUCCUGCUUUUCUGUCAGAGGCUGGCUGCCCAGUAAGCCCCAGUGUCCCCCACCACCAGUGCUGGGGUUACAGGUGGACACAGCCUUUUAUGUAGGUGUUGGGGACUUGAGCAGCACAUGCUCUUACCCACUAAGCCAUCUCCGCAGUUCCCAUUGUCUCUUAUAUCUUUGAUUAUUAUAAUUAUGGACUAGCUGCCUACAGAGAGCCCCGUCUAGAAGGCUGGAUCACAACACUGACCGUUGCAUAAUCUCACUUGAAGACUGUUCUGCGAUGACCACUGCAAGAUAUCGGCCCACCUGGGACCUGGCCCUCGACCCCCUGGUGUCCUGCAAGCUGUGCCUCGGGGAGUACCCAGCGGAGCAGAUGACAACCAUUGCCCAGUGCCAGUGUAUCUUCUGUACCCUGUGCCUGAAACAGUAUGUUGAGCUCUUGAUCAAAGAAGGACUGGAAACUGCAAUUAGCUGCCCGGAUGCUGCCUGUCCUAAACAGGGCCACCUUCAGGAGAAUGAGAUUGAGUGUAUGGUUGCAGCUGAAAUUAUGCAGAGAUAUAAAAAGCUACAAUUUGAAAGAGAGGUGCUCUUUGACCCUUGUCGGACGUGGUGCCCAGCAUCCACCUGCCAGGCCGUGUGCCAACUCCAGGACAUAGGGCUGCAGACCCCGCAGCUGGUGCAGUGCAAAGCCUGCGACAUGGAAUUCUGUUCUGCUUGCAAAGCCCGCUGGCACCCUGGCCAAGGCUGCCCAGAGACCAUGCCCAUCAGCUUCCUUCCCGGGGAGACCAGCUCUGCUUUCAAGGUGGAAGAGGGCGACGCACCCAUCAAACGCUGCCCCAAGUGCAGGGUGUACAUCGAGCGGGACGAGGGCUGUGCACAGAUGAUGUGUAAGAACUGCAAGCAUGCCUUCUGCUGGUACUGCCUGGAGUCUCUGGACGAUGACUUUCUUCUGAUACACUAUGACAAGGGGCCCUGCCGCAACAAGCUGGGUCACUCCCGGGCAUCAGUGAUCUGGCAUCGGACACAGGUGGUGGGGAUUUUUGCUGGAUUUGGGCUCCUGCUCUUAGUGGCCUCCCCGUUCUUGCUCCUGGCCACACCCUUUGUACUUUGCUGCAAAUGCAAGUGCAGUAAAGGUGACGAUGACCCGUUGCCCACCUAGAGGACGGCAUGAUGCUGGAACAGACCCCUUCCUCGGGACGUGUGGCUCCCCUACCCCCUACCACCCCUCUCACUAAACAUGGUUUUUGCCUUAUGUGCCCCGUUGAGCUUCAGUGUCCGGCUCGCUGCAGAGAUUUCAGGGAUGAUGUCAGCGAGUGGGCAGAGGCCCAGGCGUGGUCUCCCGGGUGCUGCUGAGGCAACGGAGGCAAAGUGGGGGCGGGGGGCGGGCGUCCCACAGAGUCAUUCUGUGUCUGCAGACCUGGCUGGGGGUAGCAUCAGCUGCACACCGGGCAGUUUCCUCCCCUGGGAGUUUCUGAGACCCGCUUGGACAGAGGGACACUUUGACUUCAAGAUGGCAUAUGUUGUCAGUAGAAGUCUUCGAAAAUUAGUACUCUCUCCGGCCAGCACCUGAAUAUCCGACUUGAGAAAAAAAAACCCCACCCUGUUUGUGACAACUGUUUUUAUUCCUAAAGGCAUUUAGUAAAAAUCCUUUUUAGAAAGCUUCCCCCCACACACACCCUGUCAACUGAGUAGUGAAAAUCAAUAAGGUGCGUAUAAACCAUCCUAUGCCUUUUUUCGAAAUGUGCAUUUUAUGAAGUUAUAGGUAAAUCUUUUCUGGCCUGACCAUUUCUUUCAGGAGCUACAGAAAGCCUUAUGUACACUCUGUGUUUCUUCUUGGAACCCGCUGUAAUCGGUUUUUUGAAUGCUGUGAGCUGUGUACUGUUACCCACACGGGCCCCGUUGCAUUUCUUUGAAAACACUGCUACAUGUGUAGGAUCAUCUCUCCACCCCAUUGCCCUCUGCCCCCGUUCAGCUCACAGGGUUCAUCCCUUCAACCCUCUCCCUCCCAGUGGCAUCAGAUGCCUUUGGAUAUCUUUAAACCAGAUGUUUUCCUCUGAACUAAUUUUACAAGUGACUCUGUCUUGAUUCCUUGCCCCACUUUUUAGGCAGGCACCAAGGAGACAGUGUCAUCCUUCCUUGGGGAGCUCUUGGAGGCCGGGUUGGAGCUUUCUGAAGUCUAUGCUUUGUUCAAAUGCUUUAAGUAAUUUGAAAAAACCAUGUGAUUCAUACAGUCUGAACUCUGUAGUUGACCCAUUUGAUCUUGCUAGGGAAAAAAAAAGGAGAGAGAAAGAAUGGAAAAUGAAAAAGGAAGGAAGGAAAGAAGGAGGAAGGGAGGGAGAGAUCCUUAUUUUGAUGUGCAGAGUUUGUAAAUUGACCCUUCUCUGGGCUAUGUGACAGUUUCCAAGUCAACAAAGGACAAGAUAAUACUAAGACACAGGUAUUCCGUGAAUUGACUCUGAAAAUAGGAAGGAGUGCUUCCCUUUCAGAUUUGGCUUUCAAAGUCCAGUGUGCGUCCCAGGAUCAGGCUAGAGAUGUCGAGGUUUGGCAGGGGAAUGAGUGGCUGGUCUGAAGGCGUAUUAAGCAUCCUACAAAGGAGUAAAGCAAACACAGAGUCCUCUCAUCUCAGCCAUUUAUCUACUGCAGCCACAUCUGUAGUGGCUGUCUGUGUGACUCCACAUUUAUGGGUCAAUGUCAAGCCCCAGCCGACACUCCCUGCAAAGAAAUGACUUCAUUUUCUUUAUUUUUAAUUGACAGUGAGUACCUGAGGCAAAACAGAACCACUGGUCUCUCACCUUCUGGUACUGAUUUUUCUCUAUUAAGCUAAAGCCAUUUAGAAGCUCGGUCCUCACCAAAACCACACUCAAAAAGUCCCCCUGGUAGUUGGAAAUUACAGGUGUGACUUCUGGGUGAAGCCUAGGCCUUGAGCCUCUGUGGUCAGAAACUGGUCAGUAGCUGGGAUUUGAGACUUCAGGCCUGUAACUUGUAUGUGAAAGUAACCAGCCACCACCCCUUAAAAUGCCUAUCAGAAGUCUCGGCAGUCCUGGGCCCAGUUCCUUCCUGCUUCACCUUGAUUACUGUUGUCUGAUCAUUGUUCAGUGACAUGCUGUCGUUGCAGUAGGGUUGACUGCAGCUCAGGCUCCCUGAUCAAAGAUGGGGUCACCUUAUGUCUGGGAGACUUCUCUGGAUGCUCACACACCUCUGUAACCCCACCUGCUCUCACACAGCAGCCUACAGUGAGCUUCCUAAGCACAUGGCUGGACAGAGGUGGGAACCAUAGGGGCACUGGGGCAAAAAGGUGUAGUCAGAGUAUCCUGUCUGCCCUGAGUCUUUUGUAACAAGCACACUUAUUCGGUUGGCUUCAGUAAUAAAACCUAACUUGUCCGUUCCCUAUAGAAACACCAGCAAGAUCACGUUGAAAUAUAUACACUUGUGUGUUUUCCCUGUGGGAGCCCGUUUAGUAGAGGCUCCCACAUGCAUUUAUCAUGGACAUUCAGCUAGAGCCAUGUGUGACUUGAAAUGCACAGUAGAGAUGGCCCCAGAUGCAGCUGGUCUCUCUCUCCUAAGAAGGUCGAGGGGCUCUGUGAUCCACCGUAGCCUCAUUUCCAUCACUCAGAGUGGUUCAUCAGAACUGAAAAUGGAGUUUCCUGAGACAGACUGUUUUCCUGACUUGAAGAAGGCAGGCCUUGUGGAGAAGGCUCUUAGUGAUAGGCUAUGGGGCUAUUCAGUAUGGCUCUACUGAGGGCUGCUGGUGUGAGAGUUAUCCAAGGCUGCUGGGCUGCUGACUUUGCUACAGUCUUACUGGCUGUCUUAUCUCUGCCAAACUCAGCCCUGCGCCUUGUGGCCCAAGUGGCGAGGCUUCACAUUCUCACCCAGGGUGAUGCUUGCAGAGGACUGGGUGACAGCUCCUUGUAGGGACAGGGAUUUGGAUUUCAUGAGUUACAGCCGUCCUCACUACACAGAAGUAGCUCAGACUAUGGAACCAACACUCCCUCACCCCGUCCCCCUUUUGUACCUAUCUUGAGGAGAACAAAUUCUCUCUACAGUGUAUUUAUUCUGUAAAGCAGAUGUGAGACUCUGGCCGGUUCCCCACUGAACGCAGUGCAUGUGGGAGGAAGGAUAGUCAGGCUUGAAAAACUGGCUUCAAGGUGAGACUAUCUUUUCCACUGGAGUUAGAAAGGGGAAAGGUUAUUUUAUGAAUUAGACGAGAAAGAAGAGUUCCCCUUGGUAGGCUUUAAAAAAUUAAAGGGAUUGAAAAAAAAAAAAAACCAGGGAGGACUUAUUUUGUAUACUUCCCAGAUUUCCACAGAUUAAUAAAUGUACCUGUGAAUAUAUAUAUGUAAAUCACAAUGAAGUUGUCAAGGGAAACCAUUUUUGCAUGUAUGCCAUUUUAUGAAGGUUUCCUUAAAGAAAAUAAAUACCAAAGCUUGUUUCUCCCUCACAAUGAACCCAAAUCCUUAUAAAGUUAAAUGAGGUGAAGAAAUUUGGCUAUUGCCAAAAACUUAACCAGGAGGGAAGGGCUUGUGUUCAAACACUUACUAAUGCCCUCUGACUAGGGGAACCCAUCCUUUUUGGUAGUUAAAACCCCGUGGUCUCCAGCCUUCCUGACUUGGAUAAUCCUGUCUUCCAAGAUCCCAGGGCCCUUCAGUUAGGUGUAGCUGUGUGCCACAUGCCUGACUUUUCUUUCAUACUUUGCUUACUUUGCCUUGGGUGUAUUUUAAUCUUGUAUAAAAAAAACAUGCAUGUGUCAGUCAUGCGCACGUGCACACGUAUACGUUCUGUAUUUGACAAAUGGUGGUAAGACCAAACGAACAAAAAAUAAGAAAAUUGCAUUUGUGGUUUUGCAACGUGAGUACACUUUGUACCACUAACACUGUGAUGUAUAAGAGCUGUCUGAAUGCCUUUUCAUGUUGUGAUUUGUACUUUAGAAUCCUAUGGAAACAUUUGAUUUAUAAUUCCAAUACAUAUUUUAAAUGUAUUGUGUCUUAUGUAGUCUGUCUCCCCUUUCAAAGGGAUAUCUUUUUAAAGGUAUUUUGGCUGGAAUACAGGUGAUAAUUUUGUAAA